CUGAUGGUUGCUCUCUACUAAAUUAUUGUCGUCGUCGUCGUCGGUCACUGACAUCGGAGUUUUGGUGGUUAGUUGGUUUCUUGCGGCGGCCCAGGCCGGAAAGGACAAUGUAUGGACCUGCGGGAGCCGGUCUGUCAGGAUCGCGCCGGCGUUCCGGAGCCGGGGGAGCUCUACCGAAGCAAACGGAGCGGAGCUUGGCGUCGGCGGUGCCGGGCGCGCUUUCGGUGACUGCGCUGUGCACGGCGCUGGCGGAACCGGCCUGGCUGCGCGCGCACGGGGGCAUGUGCCCGCGGCAGGAGCUCGGUGUCGCGGAUGUUCUGGGACGCCUGGACUCGUCCCUGCUGGAAGAUUAUUGUAUGAACCGUCAGACUGUGCUCCUGUUGCGGGUCAUUGGUGCCUUCUGUUUCCUGGGGAUUAUUUGCAGUUUGUCUGCUUUUCUCCUUGAUGUGUUUGGACCAAAACAUCCAGCAUUGAAGAUUACUCGUAGAUAUGCCUUUGCUCAUAUUCUCACAGUUCUGCAAUGUGCUACGGUGAUUGGGUUCUGUUACUGGGCCUCAGAAUUAAUCCUCGCACUUCAGCAGCAACACAAAAAAUAUCAUGGUUCCCGUGUCUAUGUGACCUUUGCAGUUAGCUUUUACUUGGUGGCAGGAGCUGGAGGAGCAUCAAUCUUGGCAACGGCUGCUAACCUCCUCCGACACUACCCAACUGAGGAAGAGGAACAAGCGCUGGAACUGCUAUCAGAAAUGGAAGAGAACGAACCAUAUCCAGUGGAAUAUGAAAUUGUCAACCAGUUCCAGCCUCCACCUGCCUACACGCCCUGAAUCUCGGGACACAUUAUUUUCUCAUCUCAAGUCUCACUUCACUUGACUGUUCAAACUUGUUCAGUGGAAUUCUCAACCUCAAGCACUUCACUCCAACGCCUCAUCAUCCUUCCUGCUUGGAGGCCCAAUGCUCUGAUCAUCUCAACUACAAAAAUGUUGGUUGUAUUUUCAGUGAAUCAACUUGUCCAGACAUGUUAUGAUGCUUCUCUAGGAUAGGUGAGACAAGAACCUGGGUGUUCUAGCCCAGAGGUAGAUAUACUACCCCUGUGUCACAAGACCCUAUGAAUAUGUUUUUGUGCUCUUGAGGGUUGAUGAGACCUUUGAGUGAGUUGGAGUUGACUUCUCAAGUGACCAUAUUUGUUAAAGAGGCAGUACCUUUUUAACUUCGGAAGGCUGUAUUUGAACAUUUGUAAAGUUGAACAUUUUAUAGACUUUAAAACUUUUAAUGCUUUAAAUAAACUACAAUCAUGUGCUUUUGUUAUUA